GUGGCACUAAAGUUGCUUUAUUGGGAUAUUAACAUUGGUUCUUGGUCAGACAUGAUAUGUUUGACAAAUAAUCAUGACGACAUUCGCAGUUUUGUAGGGUGCAAGAUUAGGAUUUUACCUUUAAUAUUUUUAAAUUCUCCAAGAAUAAGUAAUGAUGAAUAUGAUGGCAGGGAUGUUAAAUUCAGUAGAGCUACUGAUGUUAUUGGUGUGUUUGUAUUUAUCAUCGGUAUAUUAUUUGAAUCUAUUUCUGAUUUUCAAAAGUUUACCAACACAAUUUAUGAAGACAGGACUUUGGUCGUGGAGUAG